AUCGCAGAAGCCAACCGCAGUGCAGUGUGUAUCCCUUGAGCGAGGCGAGCGCGUUUCUCGCUCUCCUCUCUCACCCUCUCAUUCUCUUCCUCUUUCUCCGUCCAUUCGUGCGAUAAGUGUAAUCGCGACGCGGCAUAAUUUCGCGCACGAGCUGUCAAAUCCUUCGGCCCGGUGUUUCCCUCGCGCGAAAAGCCCCUUACGCGCCUCUAACCUCGAGACUCUUGACAGUUCGCCGACCUAACCUACAAAACACACAAGGUCUUUCAAACUGUUGUGCGUGAUAUCGUCGAUUCGCGGACGGAGAGUCGAGAAAAAAACUGUGGCACACGGCACUUCCGAAGCUUGACAGUGGAGUGGAACCUAAUGCAGCGGCUUUUGGGACAGAGGCUAAAUGCUCAAGCUGUAUACCUAUAUAUGCAUACUGUUGUUUUGUGUAUGUAUACAUAGUCGGUACUGAGAGUGUGUGCAUGUGCUGUGGUGCGAAGAAGUGAGAGGAACAGAGACGAGAGACGGUUUGUUUCCAUCUUUCAGCUGUUUGUGCGCGCACGCGUCUGCCUCGCGCGUCCCUCUCGGACUAUCGCUGUCCAUUUAAAUCGGCGUGUUAGUUAUCCGUCCUUCUCUUUCUUCCGCGCAUGAGUAUAUGGGCCACCAGUUGCGCAUCGUUGCAUAACUCCACGCGAAGAUUUCUGGCUCCGAUUUUGGUUCGCUUGAUGACUUCGGACUUGGUCGCCGACCACUGUUUGUUUUGAUAACCAAGAGCCGGAAGUUUUGGGACUUCGAUUGGUAAUUGCAAACAAUCCGCAAGUAUGUUUAACCGUGAGGACGUAAAUGCCAUCUACCCCAGAGUAGAGAAGAAAGCUUGUAAAAUAGAUAACGGCAACGUGUCCACAAGCCGAGUAGUGAUAAUCAUUUUGGUCAAAGAAAACAUAAUCAGCGUAAAAAGGCAUAAAUAAGGGUCGUGUUCCAUUUUCUAACGGAUGUACCAAAUCCAGAAUAAAUGAUAUUUGAAGAAAUAACAACUCAAGCUAGGAAAACGCAAAUCAUAUAAGGAUUAUCAAUAGAGAAAAGUGAAUACAACGUCAUAGCUAAUACCGGACCUUCCAACUCACUGUUUCGUUUCCCGAAAAAUGGCAGCAGAUUCCUGUGAUAGCUCUUAACUUCAGCCGAAAAAAAACAAAAGAAAAACACAAGGAUGGUGCUGGUGGUGAACGGGGUCCUGCAGGAGGAGGUCCCCAUGGACAGCCGAACCCUGUACGCGGCUCACCCGAUAUACCGUGAGACGGCGGCACAACUCCACAUGCUGCCCGCGAAACUUGUGGGCCCCGCGGGCCUUCUCUACGUCCAGCAGCGAGAAAUGGCUGCAACUUUACCACACGACAAAAACGUCAACAUCCUCGGUUCGGAUGACGUGACGACGUGUAUUAUCGUCGUGGUGAGGCAUUCUGGUUCCGGAGCAGUGGCCCUGGCGCACCUGGACGGCGCCGGCACGGACGACGCGGCGGCGCAAAUGAUCCACAGGGUGUCCGAACUGGCUCUCGGCUUUCCCGAGGGACGUCUCGAGCUUCAGCUCGUCGGCGGUUACUCCGACCCGAGAAACUACUCCGAGGUGCUCUUCUACAAUAUACUCCUGGCGUUUCACAAGCAGCCCAUUGAGAUAGACCUGACGCUCUGCUGCGUGGGCGAGCUGAACACGACCGUUAGAGGCGGCAUCCACUGGCCGAUGAUAUACGGCAUCGGCCUCAACGUCAAGACCGGCGAGAUUUUCCCGGCCACUUUCCCCGACAAAGGUCCCGAUCAGGCGCUCAGGUGCGCCAGGCAUUUGACCGGCGGACAACAGGUUCUCGACGUCUACGACUGUACGCUUGGUCUCUUGAGAAUCGGACCGUUCAAUUACGAUCCCUUGCGAGGUGUCGAUCUUUGGCUUGCCCAGUCCGAUCAGUUUAUUCUACAGCACCUGUCGACUUCUCCCGACGUCGAACUUCCACACUUCGUCUCUCAGAUACGAGCAACGCUAAAGUACAUCCAGGACAAUCAAUUUCCUGCGGUUACGGUGUUCCGGGACAACAGGCCGCACUAUUACCGACGGGACGAGACUACUGGCGUGUGGCAGCCGAUACGAUAUUAACAUCCGGAUGGCGUUCCACCCCCCCCCCCCCCCUGCUCAGGAGUCUGUGUAGUAAACCUGCGAAUUCUCGGCCCGCAACGAUAAUGCUCUCGCCCUACGUCGAAUUGCCGUUUUUUUUAAUGUUUACUUUGACCUUGUUUUUAGAAUUAUAAAUUAACGUUUUUUAGGAUUUGAAAUCCGAAUGUUCUUGCUGCUUCGACCCCAGUGUUUGGUUUCGAUCAAAGUGGAAAUUUAUAGAAGCGAUGUUGUGAAUUGCGAAAAGUCUAAAAGUCUAUGACGGAGUGUAAGUGAAAUUGUAUUUAGACUUAGCCCAACACGUUGGAAUGUUACUAAUUUAUGACAUCUGUUGGAAAAUCAGUGUAAUUUAACGCUUGAAUCGUAUACAAAAUUCUAGUGAAUGUAAAUAUUUUAUGUCUAUCUCAUGAUAUUUAAAUCAAAAAGAAGCAUCACACCUUUGUAAACUUACCAAACUAUGAAUCGACUACUUACAUCAAUUUGAUAUAAAUUAUAGACAAACAAAUUUUAUAAAGCAAUGCCAACGAGUGAUUUACCGAAAAGAACAAACGAAUUUAUAAACAUUCGAUUAUAUGAGUAGUUUUAAGAAAAAAACAUUAGUCUUGUAUUAUUGAUUCUUUAGAGUUCCAAGUAAUUACUUGUGUUAUAAGGGCGAGAGAAAAACUAAUGUAAAUAAGAAAAAAAACAAGAAAAAGAAUCGAAAGGUGUUCGAACCAGCCUUACGAGAUAAGCAAAAUCUGCUUGAUGCUUCAGAAGAUUAUGGAAACAAACACCAUACUUAAUUGUUAGUUUAAGAGUAAAUAAAUAAACAGAAGGAUAUGAACAAAUCACGUUUCCAAACAUUUUUUCUAGCGAUAAACCUUAACGAUCUAAUUUCUAUUCAUACGUAUAUUUAAACUCUCUAAAGUUCGCUAUUUUCGACGAAUUGUAAAAUCUCGAGAUGGAUGAUUUUCGUGGUUUGAAAUUGAAAUUAUUUUCAAACCUUUUCAGGGCCUCUGUUCGUCGCUGACGACUCGAGUACUUUAUUGUCCUAUUGUAAGAGAGAUUGAAACCUGUAAGGAGCGUUUGAAUCUUUGACUACUAUACGCGAAUUCAAAUCUAUGUCAAUAUUUUAUAGAUGGCAUUGUUACAGAUUCAAUAAAGAAUAAGAUUUAUGUAAUAUAAAAAUAAAACAAAAUCAAAAUGACUUGUCAUGCGAAAAUUGUUAAGAACUGCGUUGUUAACGAGGUUAUUAAAAAUAAUAUAUUGCCUUGAUUAAAUAAAAUAAUUCGAAGAAAGUUACUAGUACUGCAAAUUAUUGAGUAUACCGUAAUGUCAAUGUAAGAAAAGCACUCGAAGGUAAAAAGUAAAUUUUGUGCACGCAAUUAAUCUAAAAAAUAAAAUAUUUCCCGUGUUAAAGCUGUAGGGUGAGAUUAACUGCUGUUUUUAAAUAUCUAUUAAAUUCUACUAUAUAAUGCAUAAGAACCUUUACAAAACUUCGUUCACUCGUAAAUAUACUUAACUUGUCGAAUCGCUGGUUUGUAGUUUUAAUAAGAAUAGAAGCCGUUUACUCUCAGUUUUCCGUACAAAUAAAAAAAAGAACACUAUUGUUUGUUAAUGGAGUCUAACGUUUGUAAACUUUUCGACUUGUGUAUAAUCGAGGCACAUAGAUUUAAUGUCACUCUCACAAUCUUUUUGACCUUAAUCUUCUUCUGCGUGUAAUCUUUUCAAAUUUAUAAAAUUACCUGGUGAUACAAUUAUUUAUGUAAUAAACGCUAGUUAAAAAA